AUGCGAUGUGCCUGGCUGACUGUGCUUGUCUUGCUUCUGGCUGGCAUCCAUCCCUGCUUGCGCGCCCUCCUCGCAAAGAGGUUCCCGGUGGCCCCGGGGGCUGUGCUUGUGACGGGAGCGAGCAGUGGCAUAGGUCUCCACGCUGCGGUCGCAUUGUCAGCGGAGGUCGUGGUUUUUGCUGGGGUCCGCUCCGAAAAGGAUGCUGCGCGCCUGAAGCAAAGCUACCCCCAGCUGCGCCCCGUGGUGCUGGACGUGACCAGCACGGAAAAGGUCGAGGCGGCGCGCAAAGAGGUGUCUGCGGCGCUGGGAGCUGAAGAGUUGAAGCUGGUGGGCUUGGUCAACAAUGCCGGGAUCUCCCGGCAUCUCAUUUUCGAGUAUGAGAACCUGGAGGAAGUCAUGAAGCUCUACGACGUGAAUGUCUUCGGUGUCUACCGUGUGACCCAGGCAUUCCUGCCCCUCCUGCGCGCGAGCGGCGCGGGGAGGGUGGUGAACGUCGGGUCUAUCUCUCCGACUACACCGGCGAUGGGCUACACGAGCUACGCCGGCUCGAAGAACGCUCUCGAGUCCAUCAAUGACGUGAUGAGGCUGGAACUCGCGCGGUACAACAUCUCAGUCAGCCUCCUUAAGCCGGGUAUGGUGCACUCGGCGCUUCACGAAAAGAUCUCGGGCGAGAAUGCGGCUUGGCGUCGGGCAAAGGAUCUCGAGGGCUUCCGUGAGCAUUGGGGCGAGUGGGCAGAGGGCUUCGAGGAGCGGCGGCGCAACAGGGAAGCCCAUGCGGAUGGCGCGGAGGUCACCACCGAGGCGAUCCGACAUGCCCUUCGCUCCGAGCAUCCCGAGACGCGGUACGUGGUUGCCAACGUGCAUGGGAUUCCCUGCCAAGCGCUGAGUUGGCUCAUGUGGCUGCUGCCGGACCGAGGGAAGGACCUCCUCCUGGCGGGAAAUUGA